AUGAAUACCCGCCAGGUUAUCGAUGAGUCCGUCGGACCCUACUCCCUGUCGGCAACUUUCAACAAUGACAGCAGUUGCUUCUCAGUCGGAUUAGAAACGGGAUUUUGCGUGUUCAACUCAAAUCCGUGUGAACUCAAGGUUUCUAGAGACUUCAAUGCUGGCAUCGGUCUCACGGAAAUGCUUGGCCAGUCCAACUAUCUAGCCAUCGCCGGUGGGGGACGAAACCCUAAAUUCCCUCAAAAUAAGCUGGUAAUCUGGGACGAUGCCAAACAGAAAGCCGCCAUCACUCUCGAAUUCCAAACCUCCGUCUUGGGAAUCGGUCUCUCCAAGUCCAGAAUUGUCGUCGCGCUGUUGAACAGCAUUCAUGUCUUUGCCUUUGCAACGGAACCGAAGAAACUCUCUUUCUACGAAACAUGUGAUAACCCGCUGGGUCUUAUUUGUCUGGGAGACAAGGUGCUGGCCUUCCCUGGAAAGUCCGCCGGACAAGUGCGCCUGGUCGAAUUGAAGACUGGGAAUAUCAGCAUCAUCCCGGCCCAUAGCUCUCCCCUACGCGCGAUGGCUCUCAGUCGGGAUGGGGAGAUGCUGGCUACAGCGAGCGAAGCAGGAACUUUGAUUCGCAUAUUUUCUACAGGAAACUGCACGAAAUUGGAGGAGCUGCGACGCGGUGUUGAUCACGCAGUAAUUUUCUCUGUCUCAUUCUCCCCCUCCAGCUCUUUACUCGCGGUCACAUCCGACAAAGGCACCCUUCAUGUCUUCGAUAUACGCCGCCCGCCUCACUCUGGACACAGCAGCCAAUCCCCGGCCCCUGCGCCUGAAGAAACCACGAGCCAUAAGUGGGGGUUACUGGGCAAAUUCCCAAUGCUCCCGCGAGUGUUUUCAGAUACGUACUCUUUUGCCAGCGCGCACUUUGCGAUGGAUGGUGGGGCAUCACAAGAGCAAUCAUCGGCCCGGCCUUCGCCAUCAAGCGGUCGAUCACGGAAAGGGGUCAUUGGCUGGUUGGAUGACAAUACAAUCCUGACAGUUGGCUCCGGUCGAGAAGGGCGAUGGGAGAAGUUUAUUCUUCGUGUUGGUGAUGACGGGGAGCGGACUUUCAACCGGGAGGGCUGGAAACGAUACCUGGGUGGGUGA